UCUGUGCAGUCCUUGUUGGGUUCCCUGAGUCACAUCGUAGCCCAAACUGCUCAUUCAGAAUGUCCAAGAAGGUGGCAGUGAUCCUCUCCGGGUGCGGGGUGUACGACGGCAGUGAAAUCCACGAAUCCUCCGCCGUGUUGGUGCACCUGAGCCGGGCCGGAGUCCAGUAUGAAGUAUUUGCCCCGAAUAAAGAGCAGAUGCAUGUGGUGGACCAUGUGAAAGGACAGCCCACCGAGGAGAAACGCAACGUGCUGACGGAGAGCGCUCGGAUCGCAAGAGGGAAAAUCACCGACCUGGCCUGUCUGAAAGUGGACUCAUACGACGCACUCAUCAUACCGGGUGGUUUCGGAGUUGCUAAGAACUUGUCUACCUGGGCUGUGGAGGGCAAGGACUGCUCAGUGGACAAAGCCAUCGAGGAGACGAUCAAAGCUUUCCAUGCCAAGAAGAAGCCAAUCGGAUUGUGCUGCAUCUCUCCGGUGUUGGCCGCCAAACUCAUCCCUGGAUGUGAAGUCACCGUUGGCUGUGACACUGAGUCUGAAAAGUGGCCUCACGCUGGUACCGCCGGAACCAUUAAAGAACUUGGCUGUAAACACAUCAACAAGGAGGUGAAUGAAGUCCAUGUGGACGCCAAGAAUAAACUGGUCACCACCUGCGCCUUCAUGAGCAACAGCCCCCUGCAUGAGAUCUUCGAUGGGGUCGGGGAGAUGGUGACGGCUCUUCUGGGGCUUCUAUGACUUCAGCAGGAAGCA